AUGAACAAAUCACUUCUGUGUCAGGCAAACAAUCCAGGACAAGAACUCGUUACUGCACAGGACGUUGGAAAACUCGUCGAUGUUUCGAAUGUUGGAAAAGGAUUCUUGAGAUAUGUGGGUAGUAUUCACGGAAAAGAGGGAAUAUUCUGUGGAAUCGAACUAUUAGAACCAAAUGGUAAACACGACGGCACAUUUCAAGGAAUUUCUUAUUUUAUUGCCACUCCACAACAUGGCAUUUUUGCGCCCAUCUUUCGGGUGAAUUUGGAUCGCCAUGAGCACAAAGAAAGACGGCCAAAAGUUUCGCCUUCGGAAAAUCGGCUCUCCCGUUCGGCAUUACCUGCUCUUGACCUAUGUAACCCCCUAACACGUUCGCCGUCUUCCAAUGAAGACGUGAUGAUGAAAUCGGCGGCGGCAGAGCCGAUUUCAAUUCUGCGUCGAGAAGCAGAUCCCAUGCAAAUGUCUAUGUAUUCCGAUAUGAUGGACGGCUCAAUGCUUUCCAACGGUUCGUGGAGUGAUAUCGCAGAGUCGAUGAUCACUUCAAAUUGUACAUUUACAGUACGAAAAGGGAUAAGCCUUCCGAAUGAUGACGAUAUGGAUUUAAUGAGUGUUCCUAUGGUUCAAUCCGUGUUGAAUAUUGAUCGCGAAGCAUUGAGAAGAGAAGAACAACUGCAGUCUUCAUUCGUUCUUGGGGAAUCACGCAUUGGCGUUGAGCAUCUUCCAAUAAUUGAAGACGUUGAUGAAAUGGAAACUCCAUUAGUCGAGAACAGACCCAAAUCAACGACGAUGUCAUCAAAGGCUGAUAAGAAAACUGCUCACGUUGCUGCCCCACCGGCUCCAAAGUUCCCAGUAAAACCAAGACCACCAAGUAAGCAUCAACUGAUGAUGGAGCAAUUAAAAGCGUCAAUUGAAGCAGAAAAGAAUAAACCGAAAAAAGAGAUAAAAAGUCGUGUUUCUUUGUUUCCCCCACCACCACCACCAAAACAGCAAAACGAAAACCGAGAAGGAGAAACAGUCGAAACUCCUCGUAAAUCAUCAACAAGGCAACCGUUGAAAAGUGUACAUAAAAUAAAAUCAGCAUCAACGGCUCCAGUAGAACGACCAAAACGAGAAAGAAAACCGUUAUAUGUUCCACCGCCUCCGAAAGAAAGAGUUGAAAAGGAAAAAUUGGCAUCAAAAAUCACGAAGCCGCAGCAAAAUUUCAUUCCAGUAACUAAGAAAGAGAUUCCAAUGAGCGGAUGUACUGGAAAAACACAAGGAGUUGUUAAUAAAAAUACUCCAGCUCUGUCGGUAUCAAAAAAAGUGAAACCGCAGUUAAUUGAUGAGAAGGAAAAGCUGAUCAGAUUGCAGAAAUCGUGUCUGGGGUUCGAGGCGUUAUCUAUCGUAAUAUCCUCGCUCAAUGAUGCUAACACCAAAGCCAUAGAGCAGUACAUUAAGAAAUUAGAACAUAAGUCGCAGGAAGUCGCCGAUCUUCGCAAACGGAUCGAUGAAGCAACCAGAAAAUUCCAGGAAGACGUCGAUCGACUGGCGGCGACUCACUUGCAAGUUGCUAAAAAUCAUGCCCAAGAAAUCGAGAAUCUGAAAAAGAAGAAUGAGCAGCAGUUGGCACAAAAAAUAAAAGAAUUCGAAGUUCUUCUUGACGAUGAAAAAGCACGCCGGGAUGCUGAAAUGUUCGCAAUGAGUAAUCGACACCAGAAGGUUGUUGCAUGUCUCGAUGAGAAAAUUGCCGAGUCAGAAAAACAGUGCGAGCAACUAAAACUAGACAAAAAAACAUUGCAAACAGCACUUUCAAAUGAUUGCGAUCAGAGGAAUCAAAUGUUAACAAAAGAAAUCUCAUCACUCCAAACGGCAAUGGAAAUGAAAUCAGCAGAAAUGAAGGAGCUAAGACAAAAAAAUCAGAAUCUAUCUUUGCAAGUUGAUGAAAUUCCUUUGAAAGAACUGGAAAUCAGUAAAUGGCGUCACAAGGCUAAUGAAUAUAAGCAAAUUCUAGAUCAAAAGAUAAACGGUGAAAAAAUUCUGGUGCAACAAAUAGAGGAACUGCGAAAGAAGCAAAUUCACGACGAUGAAGAAAAAGAAGCUAUGAAGAGAAGCUUAGACUUGAUGCAGUUUAAAUAUGAAAAUGGAAAUGACCAAAAUGUUUUAAGCUUCUGCUCUGCACCGGCAGAUAGUCGCUUUGGAACUCCUACUAAAGUUCAAUUUCGCUCCAAGUCUUCUGCAUCUACGUCUGGAAGUCGACCACCGUCAAUGAAUAUGCCAGGCGAGCAGGAUCCAAUGAUUCGAUCCACACUAUCAAUGUACACAAGUCAAAUUCGGUUGCCGGAAAACCAUGCAACCGACGUAAUUUACGCCCCUGAUGAGAUCAUUUCAAGCCGUAGUGGUUCAAUAUCUCAAAGACUUUCGAUAGCAGUGGAAAAUGAAAGUGAUCCUACGCUUAAAAUUGAAACCUAUAAUCCUUCCGACUCUGGUAUUGGUAUGGAUUUAUGA